CCUGUUGGAGCGACGAUGAGUUCCCACGUGAAGCUGAGGAAGGAGAGGGUUGGUACUCUAGACUACGACACGCAAAUUAAAGAGAUUCGUUGCCAGCUUGUAGACCAACUGAAGGUGUUAGAUUUGCAACUUGAGCAGAAGACCCAGCAGCUGCAGGACAUGGCUGACUACCUGCGGCGAAGGGGGGAGAUUGAGAGCGAGUAUGCUCGCUCCCUGGAGAAACUUGCUGAAAGGUUCACUUUGAGGAUUAAAAGGAAGGACCCCAGUACGCACUCUGUGUCCCAAGUUUGGGUGGCUCUGCUCUCCCAAACCCGACAGGAAAGUAAGGACCACAGUGGACUCAGUGAAAGUUGCAGCAACCUUUUCAUCCAGCCCAUCAUGCACUGUCUGGAGUACACUCAGCGCCUCGCUAAAAAGAGUAAAGACAUCUGCGCUCAGUUACAAGACGGACUACUCAAGGUCACCACGGAGCUGCAGACUGCGUGGCGGACGUAUUACCAGUACCACUCGGAGUUUGUGUGUGCAGAGGGGAAACUGAGGGAGGCGGAGAAGCAGGAGGAAAGGCAAAAGCAGAGUGCUGCCAAAAAACUGGAAAGACUGAUAGAAAAGAGACAAGGUAAAUGUCAAGAGAUCCAGCUGAAGUGCAGCAAAGCCCGGAACGACUACCUCCUGAACCUGGCCGCAGCCAAUUCCUCCAUGAACAAGUACUUCCUUCAGGACGUCACUACGCUCAUAGAUUGUGCAGAUGUGGGGUACCACUUCUUUUUGGGCAGGGUUACGCAGGCCUAUCUGUCUCGACGGCUGCGGGCCCAGCAGAACUUAAGCUCGGGGCUGCAGAAGCUCCAGGAGGCCGUAUCUGGGCUGGACCAGAGCCGAGACAGAGACACCCUCAUGCAGGAGAACUACAACGCCUUCGCCAUGCCCCUUCGGUUCCCCUAUCAGCCCCAUGAAGGGGACCAGAUUUCCGAAGUCCGUGCCGGCUGUGAAACGAAGUGCGAGAUGGAGACUCGGUUCAGACAGAUACAAACCCGACUGAAGGCCGUCACACAGGAAACUGAAGAGGCAUGUAAGAGCAUGUCAAGGUCCCAGUCCUCCCUACUGGAAGGCAUUGGGGAUGAUGAUCUGGAUUCCAGCGGUGGUGCUCUGUCUCAGGGGGGCAGCACUGAAAACCUGACCGUCAGGCCCAGUGUGGCCCGACGCAGGGCCAACCUGCAAGAAAUAGAAAACCUCUACUUUGCUAAAGUUAAAGACUUUCUUGUUGGCAGCUCGCUGGUGUCGAAGCUCCAAGCCAAACACGACCUGCUUAAAGAGGCAGUGGAAAAAGCUGACGCUUCAAAUGACAAUAAGCCCAGACAGAGGUCUGUGCGAAUCAGAAAGAACGCUUCGAGCGGCGGUUUGCUGCACAACCACAAACUUUUCACUGGAGACAUGUUGUCCUUCAUAAAGGCGUCGGGGCAACAGAUUCCAAUUGUGGUGGAAAGUUGCAUCCGCUUCAUCAACCUCUGUGGGCUCCACCAUGAAGGGAUUUUUCGAGUGCCAGGUCCUCAGGUGGAGGUUAAUAAUCUGAGGGACGCCUUUGAGCGAGGUGAGGACCCCCUGGCUGACUGCAGGUAUGACCUGGACUCUGUAGCCGGAGUCUUGAAGCUUUACUUCAGAUGUUUGGAGAAUCCACUCUUCCCCAGCAGCAGCACCAGUCAGCUCCUCGAGUCUGCUCAAAUAAUGAAUGAAGCAGAACGAGCAGCUCAGCUCAAGGCUGUUGUUUGUUCCUUCCCCGAGCCGGUCAUAGUCGUCAUGAGAUACCUCUUUGCAUUCCUUCAUCAUGUGGCUCAGUACAGUGACGAGAACAUGAUGCAGCCUUACAACCUGGCCGUGUGCUUUGGCCCCAGCCUGGUGAGGGGGGAGCAGGACGACGACGUGGUGGCCCUGCAGCCUCUGAUCAACGCUCUGGUGAAAAGCAUCAUUCUUCAGCACGAAAGCAUCUUCCCCAGUCAGAGUGAAGUACAGGGACCGGUGUAUGAGAAGUGCAUGACGCUUGAGCAGGAUGACUGUGAGGCUGUUCUAGAGGAAGGGGAAGCAGAAGCAGAGUACAGCUGUUGUAAAGAUGGUGAGAAUUUUUAUUUUUAUUUUUUUCUCCAAAACAAAACUUUUUUUUAAUUUUUUUUAAACUCAAUUGAAAUGUGUUUUGCUGCAGAUUCUGAAGCAGGAUCCUUGGCUGAGAAUGGUCAGACGAAGAUGGAACGUCCUCGAGCUCACAGCAGCGGCUCCUUGGAUUACAGUAAAGUACCAGCAGGCGGAGACGUCUCCUCAGCUGGAAGGAUGUCUCUUCUGAUACCAGUUGGACCGCCAGUCAUGCAGAGGAGACCACUGUCUCCAAACUAUUUGUGCAAGGAAAUUCAAAAAGGUUCAUCCUCAGAAGAACUCUGUUGUAAAGUAGACAAGGAGGUCUGUCGCCAGAUGCAGUCAGUCUUCAAGGAACUCCUUUCACGACAGCCUCUGCAGGAACUCUCCUCCUCCUCGCCGCCUUCUGCUCAGACUCAACAGAAAAAGGGGAAGCGAGAGGGCCGGAGGGGGGCCAGGCUUUUCAGAGCAGCCGACCCACUGGACUGA